UUGGUUUUACCGCGAUGAUGAAAGAAUUUAGAGAAAUAUUUUCUAUUUUCGUUCAAGUAAAUUGGAGAGUUAACUGUACUUUCGCGCCACAUAUUUUUAGUAAUCGAUCGAUAAAUAAAACUGUAUAUUGUUUAGAAGAAGAGACUAGAAAGUGGUACAUAUGUUUAUGCCGGUUGGCUCAGUAUCCCAGAAACUGUUCAGCAAACGGUAUAUUAAACCGUAGUUUGUGAGAACAAACUGGGAAAAUGCAAUCGUUUGUUCUAUUGUGUUUGAUUCUGUUAACAUGUGGUAAACUAUCAGAAGCUGGCAAGGGUAAUAAGAAAGUGUCGACUUCAAAAAACACCACCAGUGUAUCGAGUAGUAAUCAAGCGACGACCACAACAAGCCGGCCACUAUUACCAGGACUAAGAUUACCUUGUUCGUGUGUUGAAGGACAAUGUGGAUGUUGCACGGGUGUCUUAUUAGACCAAUUUAAUCAAAAGGCUUGUCUGAACGUGUCAUACGAGCCUGAUGACUUUUCUCUCACAGCUAUGAUGUCUAUGAAUGGACGCGUGCUUUAUAAGAGAACUGUUUCUGGUAAAAACCCUCCUCCGAUGUGCAUUCGACUUCCCCGUUUCCAGUUCAUCCGAUUCUGCGUCGAGUUCUCAAAUAUCUAUUUCGCAAGUCGUAAUAUACACUUGUGUAUUGAUAUGGAGGCAAACUGGGAAGACCUAACUUUAGUCGAGUGGUCAUUUGACUGCAUCCGGAUGGGGGCUUCGGGGGUGGCAGUCGUUGGGCCGGAGGAGGGAGGCGGCCUGCCUGCGAACCCCGUGGAUGUCGUCGAUCAAACCAACGAAGAUUACGACGACAGCGCUAGAAACGUGCCCCCAAACCACCGAAACGACACAAGGAAGCUCACGCACUGCAACACACUCGUCCUUGAUGAAAGCCUGAAACGUGCACGGCCCAACGUCGAUAAGCAGCUAAUUAAAAUAAAGAAGUUGCCCAAUGGGGACGUUGUAGUGGCUUAUGACUGAUUCGGGGCGCAAUUUUUGUAAAAUAGGUACAUUUAAGUUUACGUUGCGUAAUUCAAUGGCGUGGGACGCAGCGGCUGCACUCAUGGAACGCGCAUCUUGUUGGCCUGAAUUCGAGAUGAUUUUUUGGUCAAGCGGUCGUUCGAAAAUUGUAUUGAUUUAGUUUCCGAGUUGCAAUAAACACAGUUGACAUAGUUGUGACGUGGUUUGUGUUCGUAAUGUAACUUAGCGAGUCUAUUGAAGCGUACAGUUUUCCAACUCUUAAUUACAUUAAAUGCUAGUUUGAUAUGUGAACCACGAUAAAUGCUUUCUACACGUACUUGGUGGGUAGCCAAGCAAAUGUGGUUUAUACCCUAAAUUCUCCAUGUGUGAGAUUUCUUUAUAACUACUAAACCAGCCCCUUCAGCACACAGCACUUUUUAAGGUAAAACAGCCUGAUUUUCAAGGGUAAACAGAAAACCAAAAAAAAUCGUGAAAACACCAUGAUUUUAAAGCCAACCUAACCCAUUUUUGAAACUCGAUAAUUAAUGAAUACAAACCCGCUUCGUUAAUAAAUAAUAUUUUGACAUCAAUUUUCUGGACGGGGUAUUUCACCCCGUCUGGAAAAUCUACCAAUUUAAGAAAAAACAACCUAAUUUUCAAGGUAACUCAAAAAGUAAAAGGCCCCUAUGCACACUGUCCACUUCUAAGAAAAAACACCCCCGAUUUUCAAGGGUAAACAGAAAAGCAGAAAAAAUAUCUAUUUGUUUAGAAACAAGGUAAUAAAAAAGAAUACAGCCCAAAUGAUCAAACAUGUGUGGUCAUCUCUCUAACAAACAAAACAAUCUUCACAAUCACUAGAGUUGAAGAUCAUAUGAUUUCUUUGCAGAAACACAUUUGUUUUUUAUCAAGAAAAUAUGAAACAGCGUCAUAUAACUCAUACAACUUAUUAAUUUUUGUAGAGUCUGAAAAUAAGUCAACAACCGAUAAAUACAACUUCAAGUUUCCCUCUAAAAUAAAAAAUAAUUCAUUAGUUGGACCAACAUCAUCUGAUUUACUUAUAGCAGUAAUAUCAUACCUGUUAUCAGUUUUUAAAUCAAAUAAUUUAAUUUCUUUUGGUUCUGUCAUCGUCUUCGACUCUGGGGUGGCAUUGCCAGUCAUUUAUUACAAUAAGAAAUUAUCACGUAAAUUUAUUUCUUUUUCAUUUAUUUUAUCAGUCUUAUAUAAAUGCAAUAACUGUCUAUAAAAUUUAUAAAUUAACUUAUAUUCUUCAAUUCUUUCUGAUAUUUUUAACCUCUUAUCUAAGAUUUCUAUUACCCCAGCGCCAAGAGAUAAACAAACUAGUGGAGGUAGGGCUAACGAAGAUAAUCCCGACGCACUAAAUAAUAAUUUGCUAAUAGAUAAUCCAAUUCCAAUUUUAUAAAAAUAUAUGUAACUUUUUCUGUAUACAUACAAGCGUUUUUGUAGAUAUUUUUCCAUUUAUAACAUGUAGAUAAUAUAUAAGUUUUUAAUUACGUUCAAAUAUUGAAAUAGUAGUUUUCUCAUUUAAACGACACGGUAUCUGUUUAAAAGAAUAUAAUAUAUCAUAAAAAUCUUUGCCUCUGUUGACAUUAAUUAUCAUAUAUAUGAUAAUUAACACAUAAAACAGAGGAACUCAUUUGUAACUGCGUGCUAUUCCACGCAAUAUUUUUUCCGCUACUUAAUAAAUAUUUUUUAAUUUUUUCUGGUGGAGAUAUUCCAAAACUGUCAAAACAUAAAAUAUUUCUUAAAUAUGGUUUGUUUAUAUAACAUACCCAAUGUGAGCCAUAACAAUUAGAGAGUUGAAAAUUAAUUAUACCUGAUUCAUCUUUUUUAAUUUUUUUUGGUAACAAGUCAAUUGCAAAAACACCUCGAAAAUUUCGCGUAGCUUCAUGAGGCAAACCCGAAUUUUUCAUAAUAUCAGAUAUUUCUAUAUUACUUAAACCCGAUUUCCUAUCAAUUUAUACCUUUAAAAUCGGGGGUGUUUAUCUUCUGUUUAGCAUGCUUUUCUGUUUAGCCCUGAAAAUCAGGGCGUUUUCACGAUUUUUUUUGCUUUUCUGUUUCCCCUUGAAAAUCAGGAUGUUUUCACGAUUUGUUUUACUUUUCUGUUAAUCCUUGAAAAUCAGGGUGUUUUACCUUAAAAAGUGCUAGGUGCUGAAGGGGCUGGUUUAGUAGUUUUAUAGUACGGCAUCAAUAGUAGUGGAAGACGUCUUGCUGCAAUUGACAUAUCGUUUCGGAAACUACCGUUAAUGCUAGUGCGAUACAGUGUAUCGACCUCGCGUUCAACCAUUGUCAACAAAUUCAUUUUUAAUAUGAAUGGGGCUAUUUAUGUCUGUCUCGUUAGUGUUUUGUGGGCCCUCAUGAAUGGACUUGCCAUUCAAGGUAGGACAUUUUAAUUAUUUUAGAUAUUCAGCGAUAAUCGAAAAAUGCUUUGACUAAUAAGCACCGUUAGAUUAAUUAAUGUCACUCGGCUUCUGCCCUAACGAGUUAGAUUAAUUAGUAGUGAUGCGCUUUGUGUAAUUAAAAAUAAAUUAUUUGUAAAAGUAA